GGACAGGAGAGGAAGAAGAGAGGUUAGAAUUAAAGAGAAGAUGCUGGAGCAGCAGCAGGAAAAGAAGGAGGAGCUGAUGCAGAAGCUGGCCCACCUGGAGUCUAUAGAGAAGCAGCUGAUCACUGAGUGGGAGGAACAUGAAGCUGCCGUUACCACACUGAAGAGCCAAAUGGAUUCAGAGCAAGCACACGUGUUUCAGGAUACUAAGAAUCAAGUGAAAAGCUCCAUCAGAAAUAAGGUCACAGCUGCUGUUGAGGAGAAGACGACUCCGCACAGGGAGGUGUUUGCAAAAGUCCAGGAGCCUUUGAAAGACAAGAGAAAACUGUUGGAGGAGUUGGCCGCCCUGCAGCUUAAAGAGAGAGAGCUCCUCAUAAAGAUGGAGGACAGGAAGGUGGCUCUCCACAAAACUCUCCAGGACAUCGACAGACUCAGUAAGAAACAAGAGCAGCUGAUAAAGGAGUGCCAGCAGCUCAUGGUUGAGCUGAACGACUGCAGCAAAAUGCAUCACCUCCUGCUGGCCAAGGAGCUGGACCUCAGACAGCAGCUGAGCUCAGAAACUGAGAGGUGCAGUCAGAUGGCAGCCGUGGCGCCUCAGGUGGAGGUCGAGCUGCAGGAGGAGAUGAGCAGCAGGAGGCAACUUGAGGCAGACGUGCAGGAAGCAGCAAACAUACUGAGACCUGCUGUGAUGGGCUCAGAGAAAGUAUCCGAGGCUCAGUGGAAGAAGCUGCGUGAGAUCCUGGAAAGCAGCGCCUCCCAUGGAACAGAGUCCGCUCUUUAUGAUUCCCCAGAGACAUCUGGCCCCGGACCAGUCAGGUGCUUGGAAACACUUUGCCCUGCACAGAGUCUGAACCUUGCCACAGAUCUAUCGUUCUUACUGGUCCGCUACAGGCCAGGCGACUGCGGCCUUGUGACCCUCCUGGAAAUCCAAAGCAGCCACCUGUGCAGCAGGUGCUCAGCCCACCUGCAGGCAGCUGCCUCUCCUCAGGAAGCUCUGCUGUCAGAAGGCAUCCAUGACAGCCCUGACCCAUCCCACUCGGCUCCUCUGGACACUCAUGCAGAGGCUGCAGACUGCUGA